AUGAAGCCAGCAGCCAAUCCAAUGAAGGAGCUGAUGAAAGAUGACAGUAUUCCAAAUCCUCCCACAUCAGAGUGUAUUGAGAGAGGCCAGUGGGCCAACAAGAGGGAGUUCUUUUUGGCAGUAGUUGGUCAAAUCGUUGGCCUGGGAAAUGUUUGGAGAUUUCCAUAUCUCUGCUUCAAAAAUGGAGGUGGUGUUUUCCUGAUUCCUUAUGUUUUGUUCCUGGUCACAUGUGGAAUCCCCAUCUUCUUUCUGGAGGUGUCUGUGGGGCAGCUUACUGGUCAGGGUUACAUCACAUGUUGGAGGAAAAUAUGCCCUAUACUUGAAGGUGUAGGCUAUGGCGGUCUAGUAAUUAUGCUUUACACUUCGAUGUAUUACAUCGUCAUCUUGGCUUGGGGAUUCUUCUACCUCUUCUCCUCCUUCAACUCUGAGCUCCCCUGGGUCAGUUGUAACAACACCUGGAAUACAGGGGAAUGUGUGGAUUUUCUAGUCAAUCAUUCAUCAAAUAAUCCCAAAUCUCCAAAUGCAACAUCUCCAGUUGAGGAAUUCUGGCAGAGAAGAGUCCUGGGUUUGUCAGGAGGAAUUGAAGAGAUGGGUAGUAUCCGCUGGGACCUGGCUGGAUGUCUUCUGCUGAGCUGGAUUAUUUGUUACUUCUGUGUCUGGAAAGGAGUCAAGUCUUCAGGAAAGGUCGUCUACUUCACAGUCACAUUUCCUUAUUUGAUGAUGAUUGUGUUGUUGAUCCGCGGUCUGACUUUGCCAGGAGCGAUAGAUGGUAUUCGAUUUUAUCUUUCUCCUGAUCCGACACAGCUGGCUAAUCCUCAGGUGUGGAUGGAUGCUGCCAGCCAGGUGUUCUUCUCUUAUGCUGUGUGCAGUGGCUGUUUGACAUCUUUGGGAAGUUACAACAAAUUCAACAACAACUGCUACAAGGAUGCAUUUGCCCUGUGCUUACUGAACAGUACAACCAGCUUUGUUGCUGGCUUUGCAAUAUUCUCCAUCCUUGGCUUCAUGUCCUAUGAGUUGGGUGUUGACAUCGCAACAGUGGCCGAAUCAGGUCCCGGCCUGGCAUUCAUUGCCUAUCCUCGAGCAGUUGCAAUGAUGCCAUUACCCCAACUCUGGGCUGCCUGUUUCUUUCUUAUGAUUGUCUUCCUUGGAGUGGAUAGUCAGUUUGUGUAUCUGGAAUGUAUGGUAACAUCCAUAUCAGAUAUGCAUCCGUCCUUCUUUUUAACUGGUCAUCGACGUAAACUACUCCUGCUGGUCAUCUGUGGCGUGUGCUUACUCAUCGGUCUCUGCAUGGUCACUGAGGGAGGAAUCUAUGUAUUUCAGCUUUUUGACUACUACGCCUGUUCUGGUAUCCCACUCUUACUUAUUGGCAGUUUGGAGACCAUUUUUAUAGGAUGGGUUUAUGGUGCUGAUCGUUACUACAAUAACAUCAGGGACAUGAUUGGCUACAUACCUUCACUUUACAUGAAAUAUUGUUGGAAGUUCAUCACCCCAUGUUUGUCUGCUAGCGUUUUGCUUUUCUCUCUGAUCAAACUCACCCCUCUGACAUACAACAACACCUACCACUACCCAUGGUGGGGCCAUGUCCUUGGGUUACUUCUUGGAGCAUCUUCAGUCCUCAUGGUGCCGCUGUGGUGUCUCUACAGUCUGACUGUAACUCCAGGAACACUAAGACAGAGAGUGAAAAUGGUUACCGCUCCAGCAGAUGACAUGUUUAGGGCACCAGGGGAGACAUGUACAUCUAAGACGUGUACUGUCAACAAACCUAACGAUACGGAGUUAGAUGAGGCCUCCAAAGACUUGGGAGAAGGCCUUCUACAUGGAGAAGGUCAAACGGUAGUCUAG